AUGAGUUCUAAAUCAGAUGUAAAUAGAAGAGUACUCGCCAUUCAGGCGAAAAAGAAGAGGCAUAAACUAGGAAAGAAAAAAAACCGUGAGGAAGAUCACGGCGCUGGUGGACAGGGAAACGGGCUGCGCAAUCAAAACCAGAAUCGUCUUGAACCUACACAUAGCUCUUCAAAUGAAACGAUUGAGGAAGACGAAGAUGAACAAUACGCGUGUAGCGACGACGAAGAGCAGGAAGACAGCGCGGAUUAUUGCAAGGGUGGUUACCAUCCUGUCAAAAUCGGAGAUCUAUUCCUGAAUCGCUACCACGUCACUAGGAAGUUGGGUUGGGGUCACUUUUCUACUGUAUGGCUGUGUUGGGAUCUUGUGGAUAAGAGAUUCGUCGCCUUAAAGGUUGUCAAGUCGGCACCUCACUUCACAGAGACGGCGUUGGACGAAAUUAAAAUCUUGAAAGCUGUCCGUGACAGCGACCCGUCGGAUCCGAAGAGAAACAAAACUGUUCAACUUCUCAAUGAUUUCAAAAUCACUGGAGUAAAUGGCACUCAUGUAUGUAUGGUGUUUGAAGUGUUAGGGCAUCAUUUACUGAAACUGAUUCUGAAGUCUAAUUAUAGAGGAAUUCCGCGUGAAAAUGUAAAAACCAUUAUACGCCAAGUUCUGGAGGGCUUGGAUUACCUUCAUACUAAAUGUAAAAUAAUUCAUACUGAUAUUAAACCUGAAAAUGUGUUAGUGUGUGUUGAUGAAGCAUACAUCCGCAAGUUAGCAGCUGAAGCUACAGAAUUACAUUCCUUGGGCCUUAGGUUACCCCAUUCCCUUAUAAGCACGGCACCUAAAGAAUUUCAAGAGCAAGUUGUAACUGGUAAGAUGAGUAGAAAUAAAAAAAAGAAAUUAAAGAAAAAAGCCAAACGACAGUCAAUGUUACUUAAAAAACAGAUGGAACAAAUUGAAGAAAUUGAAGAACAAAAGAAGGGUUCCAACAGUGAAACGGCACCUAUGUCCCAGGACAACGAUGACUCGCCUCAAACACCCGAGGAGGUCAGUGUUAUAGAAAAUACUCGAUCUGACAAUGAUUCUAACAUUAAUGGGUGCAAUGACAUGCAAAGACCUGACGAUGAUGUAUUUGAUACUGAUGCUGAAUCAGUGCAAGUGAGAAAGCAGUACAUGAGUGGGGAUGACGCCGGUACUCCUAUGUCCGAAGGAGAAAUGACUGACACCCCACCUUCUUUCAAUUCUCAAAAUAAAGGAAAAACUGAAAAGAGACCCGACCCUGCAUUUGAUGUUUGUGAUGUGGAAGUUAAGAUUGCUGAUCUCGGUAAUGCUUGCUGGGUCCAUAGACACUUCACAGAAGACAUCCAGACCAGACAGUAUCGUUCCUUAGAAGUCUUGCUCAGUGCGGGCUACGGCACUUCGGCAGAUAUCUGGAGUACGGCUUGUAUGGCAUUUGAGCUGGCAACUGGAGAUUAUUUAUUUGAACCUCAUUCCGGCGAUGGCUACAGCCGUGAUGAAGAUCAUUUAGCUCACAUCAUCGAGCUACUCGGAGACAUUCCUAAGAGAAUUGCAGGUUCAGGAAAGUAUUCUAAGAUAUUUUUCAAUAAGAAGGGUGAAUUGAGAAACAUUACAGGGCUUAAACCUUGGGGCCUAGUGUCUGUUCUUACUGAAAAGUAUGAAUGGAGUCAGAAGGAUGCGGAGGAGUUUGCCGAGUUUUUGAAGCCUAUGUUAGAUUUUGAUCCCAACCGACGAGCGACGGCAUACGAGUGCCUGCAGCACAGUUGGUUGCAGGUUGAGAAGUCAGAACAAAAUGAGUCUGAGGAUUAG